GUGGUAGCGUCUCCGUCCCACACUCCGGAGACCCUGGUUCGAUUCCCACCCAGCCCGUCUUGCAAGAGUUGAGCCAAAGCCACUUCUCCUCUGUCGUGACGUCACGGUGUCACGUGAUUUCAUGGUCACCGCCGCGCCUGAGGAGCUGAGUUGAGCCCUCGUUCUCCUCUGUCGUGACGUCACGGUGUCACGUGAUUUCAUGGUCACCGCCGCGCCUGAGGAGCUGGGUUGAGCCCUCGUAAUAUGCUUCGCAUAAAAAAAAUUGCGGUGUGUCAGUGUUCGCCAACUUUCAAAGAAGACAGUGGUCCUCGGGAACAUGUAGACUUCAAGUGAUCAACGAAAGUCGAAAAACGGGCGUAUUUGGAGCCAACGUUUCAAAGAGGGCCUUUUCUUCGUCAGAUUUGUCUUCACCCUGACGAAGACAAUCUCUGCUUGUCAAAACGUUGGCUUCGAAGAUAUUCCUCGUUCGACCAGUGUUGACCCUCUACACAUGUUGUAUUCAUUUGAAAACAUAACUUGGUUCAAAAACAUUUUUUUUACCAUAGACUUGCUACGUAACAACACUUUGCGGUUAUCAUAAAGGAUGGCCUACCCAUUCUAAGCCGCGUGGGCUCGUAGCGGCGUCAGAGAAAGGUGAAGACGAAGUUCCAUCGUUUUUCUCCAAGCGAGUUUCGUACUCUCCAUUGAUCUACGUGUUUUGACGCAACUACAGCAGCGUCCACAUCUGCGUCAUGGAACCGCCCUCUGUGCUCCCAGAUAAGAACACGGACGGCACGGUUACACAGCAGGGCGUGCCGCCUGCAACCGAGUCCCAGCCCGCAGCAGCGGCGGUCACUGUCAGUGCAGACAAGGUGGCGCCACCGGAGGUUGGGCCGACGGAACGACUGUGCCGCCUGGUGGCCCGUCCAGACUUCGUAGGUUACGGUUUCAAGCUUCACGAGGACACCGAACGUAAGCAGGAGUUCGUCGUCUCCGUGGAGCCGGGAAGUCCAGCCGAAGCUGCCGGACUUCGAGUCAAGGACGUCAUCAUUGAGGUAAACGGGGCCAAAGUGGAGGGUGCCAGCCACCAGGAUGUUCUCCGCCGCAUCAUGUCGAUCCCAAGUCAGGCACGUCUACUGGUGGCGAACGAAGCCUCCUGUUGUGGGAACCGGGAGCGGGACGUCACCGACAGCGACACGCUCACGCUGCCGAGCGUGGUCGAGUUGAGUGGUGCCGAGGCUGCCAGCAAGCCUGACAGCCGAGAGGCCUCGGCGAGUUCGACUCCUGGCGUAGUGCCCCCCGAGCCGGACCCGAUCAUGGCGAACCUGCCCAGCAGCUCGUCCGAGAAGGACGAACCGUUGUCCAGGAACCGCCAGCAGGAUCCUGGCAGCAUGACAGAGAGCACACUGCGACGACGGACUGCUGGCACCGAACACCAGGACACCAGCAUGCACGAGCCGGCUUCAGCUGUCGCGCUGCCUCCCGUCAGCAGCGAGCCGCAGUCCGUGCCGCUCCCGCCGCUCCAUCUCAUGGAGUUGACGGUGCGCUUUCUGAUUCCGCUGCGCUUGCCACUGACGCUGCUCAUGGCGCUGACGGCUGUGUCCCUGCUCGCACUGUACUAUUUCUACGCCUACAUCAACCGACCGCACGAAGACUAGCCGCACAGCGUCGCAGCCCCGAAGGAGUCUUUCUGGAACGGUGGACGCCUUCCGUCCCCUCCUGGAGAUGCUCCCAUUCACUCGAGAGGUGACACUCGCUGUGAUAACCUGGACAAGGCACGCAACUUCUGAGCUAUGACGUCCUCCGAGGCAAUGUCCAGGCGGUUGCUGUACUCGUGCCUACCAGAGCACUGAUUUUGCUUGCGAAAUUACUGAAGGUGACGUUCGCGAGCAAUGCAAUAAAAGUGUGCACUUCUGA